UGCACUUCGGGGCUGAGUGGAGCCUUGGCCUUGGUACUGGAAGCAUGCACAGACCCGCUGAGGUCAUCUCGGGUUCCUGCAUCCGCAUGACUCCCAUCUUGUCACGAGCGUCCGACUUCCUACCUUUCGAAUCCGAGAACAUUCUACGCAAUCGGGGUACUACACCCGCGUGCCUGCCCGUAUCAAUUGACGGCCCCAUAUCUCCGUGGAAAUGCAAACCGUCUUUUCUGAUUAACGUCCCUUAUAAACGGCCUCCCGGCCGAUCCCCAACCCCAAUCCGACCCAACAGGCCCCGACCGCUCCCGAGACCAUCGCCCUCACCACCUUACGCCAUCGCAGAAAAUGGCCCCCUUCCCAAACCGCCCGGGCACCCCGGGCGCCGCCGAUUCCUCCCCCGAAACUUCCCCACUCCUCCGCCCAACCUCGCCACCAUCAACCCCGUCAACCCUCAGCCCGACGGCCUCCCUCCGCUCCCGGUCCCUCCGCUUCCUCCGAACCACCUCCCUCCUCUCGGCGCUGGUAUCCGCCCUCUGCGCGGGCUCCAUCACCAUCUUUUCCCUCUACGGCGCCACCUUCCAGUCGCGCCUGCACUACUCGCAGUUCCGCGUCAACGGCCUGGCCAGCGCCGCGUCCAUAGCCAUGUACGUCCCGGUGCCCCUGCUGGGAUACCUGUGUGAUCGGGCCGGGCCGGCGCUGCUGAGCCUGCUGGCGGCAGGCAUGUUUGGGGCUGGGUAUAGCGCUGCUGCGGUUGGGUAUGAGCGGGCGAAGGAGGUUGUGGGGAGGAUGCCUCCGGUGGGUGGGGGGGACUGGAAGGGGGAAGAGGAGGAGAGGCGGUGGUAUGUGUUGAUGGUGCUCGCGUUUGUGGCGAUUGGGAUCGGCACGUGCAGUAUGUACAUGAGUGCCGUGGCGACGUGCGCGAAGAAUUUUGGGAGGGGAAAGCAUAGGGGCUUGGCGGUUGCUGUACCCAUCGCGGCGUUUGGGUUGAGCGGCAUGUGGUUGAGCCAGGUGGGCAGUCGGUUGUUUGCGAGUCGUGACGCCAGCACCGAGGAAGGGGAGGUGGAUGUGGUUAGGUUCUUUGUGUUUCUUGCCGUGUUGCUAGUGGCGGUCGGUGUUGCUGGGGCGUUGGGGCUCAAGAUUGUCGACGAGGAGGAUUUGAUUGAAGAAGCGGUGGAGGAGCUGGAGAGGAGCGGACUACUAGAUGGGAGCGCCAUGUUCACGCCCGGAAGAUCGGAAAACGGCUAUGGGGCAAUCGAAAGAGGCGAUCCGUUCGACCAGCUGGAGGACGCCAACACCAAGGACCCCGCAGAGGAGGAAGCCCUGCUGAAGAAGCAGUGGGUGCUCAACGCCGAGACCCGCCGUUUUCUAACCGACCACACCAUGUGGUGCUUCGCCCUCGGCUUCUUCUUCAUGAUCGGGCCCGGCGAAGCUUUCAUCAACAACAUGGGCACCGUCAUCAAGUCUCUGUACCCGCCGACACUCCACUACGAAGGCAAACCCACCUCAACCGCAACCCACGUCUCCAUCGUCGGCAUAACCAGCACCGCCGCCCGCCUUCUAACCGGCACCCUGACCGACCUGCUUGCCCCGAGCCCCAAAGCCCGGCACAUCCAAAUCACUCCCUCCCGUGGACUCCUCGGCAGCAACGGCAGACUCUCCGUAUCCCGUGUCACCUUCCUCCUCGCCUUCGCUCUCCUUCUCUCCUUGGGCCUGACCGGGCUGGCAUCGGGCCUGGUCCAGAACCACGGCGACCGCUUUUGGCUCGUAUCCGGCCUGGUAGGCGCCGGCUACGGCGCCGUCUUCAGCCUGACGCCCAUCAUCAUCACCGUCAUCUGGGGCGUCGAGAACUUUGCCACCAACUGGGGCAUCGUCGCCAUGUUCCCCGCACUGGGUGCCACGCUGUGGGGCUUGGUCUACUCGGCUGUGUAUCAGGCUGGUGCGAAGAGGGAGGCCUCGUCAGGUGGUGGUAGUGGCAGGGGUGGGGAGGAGGAGAAUCUGUGCUAUGGACAGGAGUGCUAUGCGCCUGCGUUUUGGGCCAUGGCGGCUAGUGUAUGGAUUGCCUGCGGGCUGGUCCUGUGGGCGUGGAAGGGGAGGAAUGGUUGGGCGCAGAGGGGCAUUGUGGUGUAGACUGGCAUUUGUGGCGAAGCCUCUAGAUGUUUACUCGUUCAAAGACAGUAUGAGCAGGUGUUCUUGUGUGUGCUUUUGCUCUGUGGUACUCGGUCCCUAGGCAGUAAUGUACGAUAGGGGCAAGGCAGCAUGAUUAUAGCAAGCCCAUGACCAUUUCGGAUGGAUACCUCACGUUCCAAGGGGGACCGCCUUUGUGAG